UCAUUAUUACACGUCCAGCGAAUGACCUGAGAUGGGGAUUCUCCAAUAGCAGAAACACACGUUCACGCUUCUCACUUUGCACGAUCUUGCGCCCGUCAUUUUCCAGUGAGCUGUCGUACGAAUCGGGGCAUGUCUCUGCACUUGUUUCUGGUCGCCUGUCAUUUCAUUCUGCCGUAGAAUUUAGGAUAGAAUCAACCCACAAAUACGUCGAUUUCCCUCGAGAAAUGGCUGCCAAUGGAAGCCCCAUGCCUGUGUUCGUGUGCUUGUUUUAUUUCGUCUUCUUUGUUUUACACGCUGUUCACCUGGAAGUGGAGGCGAAGGUGACCGAUCCGCACAGGGAACCCUCGAAGUGUGAAGUUUGUAAGUUUGUAGCCAAUGAGCUUCAGGAGACCAUGGAGGAUACAGGGAAAACUUCUGACGUCCUCCAUCUUGGACAUCGCAUAGAUCAACCAAAGAGAGAGAUCAAAUACAGACACUCAGAGCUUAGAUUACUGGAGACUCUGGAUGAGGUCUGCCCCAAGAUCCUUCAAUACAAUAUUCAUGCUGAGAGACAGAGCUCCAGAAGGUUUUCCAAGGGUAUGAGUGAAACCAUGGGAACACUUCAUGGCCUUGUUGAUAAAGGGGUCAAAGUUGAACUUGGCAUACCUUAUCAGAUGUGGGAUGAGCCUUCUGCUGCGGUUACUAAAAUGAAACAAUAUUGUGAUACGAUGGUAGAGCAGUUUGAGGAGUCAAUAGAGAACUGGUUCUUCAAGACCAAUCAGGAGAAGAGAUUGUCAGAGUAUCUCUGUCGAGAAAGAGUACUAUCAAAAGAAGAAUCAGAAUGUCUGGACGAAGUAUGGACAGGGACUGAGAAAGUAGACUACAACAAAGAGGCUGAGGAGGAAAGGGAGGAGGAAGAAAGGGAGGAAAAGCUGAAGAAAGAACGGAAGAAGAAGAAGCAGCAGGAGAAAGCAGCGAGGGAGAAGGCCGCCAGGAAAGCGAAAGGAACGUGGAAGGGUGAGGAGGAGGACGAGCUGGAGGACGACGACGAGGCGUGGGAGCGAAAGAGACAGAUGAGGAAGGAGCAGAUGAGACAGAAGGCCAGGGAGAAGAAAUCUCGAGAAGAGGUACGACGAGAGAUGGAGGAGGAAAAACUCAGGAGAAGGAAAAGGAAGAAUGAAUUAUGAGGGAGGGGGAAAAUCACUUGGGGAGCAUUUCAUGGAACAAGUAGUCAGUGAUUUGUACUGAAUAUUGUUAUAAGCUACUGAAAUCCGUGCAUCUGAUUGGCUGAGAGCAAAUAUGCUGGUGAAAAUCACUGACUAGUCUUCUCAUGAAACACUCCCCAAAAUUUACUAUUGCAAACCAUUGAUUAUUAUUAAUAUUACCGAUAUCUGUUGUUAUAUUGCAAGGUUUUAGUCUGUAAAAAAAAAUCGGAAUAACUUGAAAUGAAUCAAGUUCAAUGAAAAAGGGGGUUGUCAUCUUAUCGUACUUUCUGAAAUUAUUCUUGCCAUUAUGGAGGACUAGCUGGUUGGACAUGUGCUCAUUGGGAAAAAUGGUUUACUCAAUGAAUGUGCAAUGAAGGAAUUUAUUAGUUCACUUCAUAUAGCAUACAAAUCAUAUCAUGAGAUUUUGGAAGAAAACAAUUUGCAAGUCACUGCUUUUAAAUAUGUUUUCAUAGGUAUACAUUGACUGUCAACUUUCUACAGUACAUUCAGUAAAACCUGUGAAUACAAAAUGACAAUGUAUUUUUGUAUCAUUCUGAAAUCUGAAAUGGAUCCAUUAAUUCAUCAAACGAACUAUUCCUGAUUUGGACUAUGCCUUGUGUAUGAUAAACUUUUAUUUCUGCAAAUACACUCUAUGCACAGGUAAUAAGCACCUGAACAAAAUUUGUAUGUACAUCUGUGCUCAUUUUCUGUACUGUGUAAUUAGAUACACAUUUUCUGGAGUUUAUUGCAAUUAGUUUACACCUCGUAGAUAUGCAUUCCAUAGUAUUUUGAAGUACUUUGUGUUCAAUGUAUACGUCCAAACUAGAAGCAAAAGGGGGGGUUUAUUUAAUUUAAUUUGUUUUGAUCAUUUCAAAUAAAAAGAGGGACAGGCAUUUCCCUUUUUUCAGCAGGAUGUGAAUACAUAGUUUUAUGGGUAAAAAAAUCAUUUAUAUAUAGUCAGAAAAGACACUGAGCUCACACCAUGUUUCUGUUAUCAAUUUUAAUAGUGUCAGGUGUGUGUACUGCAUCUUGUAGAAAAGGUGGUAAAUUUUUCAAUUUCUUUGCAAAAUCUGUUAUUGUCAGGGUCAAUGUCAUGAUAGGUUGUAUAUUUUAUUGCCUUGAAAAUGCUUGUAUGUUUUGUUGUAUACUUUGUAAAGAUUGUUUUUGUAUGCAGUAUAUAGAGUGUAUUUUAUGUCAAUGUUUUCUUCUUUUCCUCUGAUCCUUCCUACGUCCUUCUUUUCCUCCUCUUUCCCCCUUUCUCCUCCUCUUUCUCCUUUUCCUCCUUUUUUUUACUUCUCCUCCUUCUCUUUCUUUUUCUCUUUAAUCUCCCUUCUUCACUCCGGUAGACUCUUGUAAGAUGCACAAAACAACAUUUUGUGAGCUACUUUAGUACAUCAUGUUAAACACGAACACUCAUGUUUUACAAGUUUCUCUAAUGCUAAAAUAGCAUGUUGAUAUUCUGUUUUUAUAUUUCAUUGCUAUAUUGAUGAACUAGUCCCAGUCGUGUGUAUGUGUCCUCUUCGUUAGUUGAUGAAAUUACUAACAACUCUGAUUUGAAGGUGCUAUUCUAAAUUGGGUUUCAUGCUGUCUAGUUGUAGUAGAAUAUAUCUGCACCUGAUGUAGGGUUCUGUGUGUAUAGUCUUAUCACACUGUGCCUUUGCCCACCGAGUGUUUCCUCAUCAUGCACAUACAAUCGUAAGAUUGAAAACUUGUAUGGUAUCCUUUAAAGGACAAGUCCACCCCAACAAACAGUUGAUUUG